GUGACAAGUCGCUAGUGCAAAUGAGCGCACCGCUCGCCGCCACCACCCGCGCCCGCGCCCCCCGCGCCUGAUGUGGCUGGGCGCCUGCGCCGCGCUGGCCGCGCUGGCCGCCGCGCGAGCCGUCGAGAACGUCACCGUCGUACGCAUGCCGGUGUCGCUGGAGGAGCUGCACACCAUCACCGUCGACGCCAAUACAGAGUUUAUAUUGGAUUUUAUACCGAAUGCGGAGCAGAGCCGGUGGCCGACGCGGCUGUGGGUGAGCAGCAGCGGCGGCGACAUCGCACGCCCGCUGCUGCUCACCAUCCGGCAGAAGGCAGGCGCCAGCACGUGGCAGCUGCCGCAGCAGGUGCAGGGCCGGCUGCUGUUCCAGGUCGAGCGCACGCUGUGUCCCGACGACAGCGUGCUCAGCAACUCCACGGAAUGCGUGAGCGAGGAGGAGCUGCGCGCGCCGGGCUGGUUCUCGCUGCACGCGGUGUCGGCGUGCGCGCGCGCGCUCCACGUGCAGCUGCGCGCCACGCCGGCUCGUGAUUGGCGCCUCGCCUUCCAGCAGCCGCAAGACACGCUGGUCACGCCGGAGGCGCCGCGCGUGCACUACUACGCCUUCGACGAGGAGCAGGAGCAGGUGCGCCUCGUCGUCAGCUCCGACGAUGACGUCUGCGCCACCGUCGCCGUGCAGGACUACACGUGUCCCAUAACGGAGACUUUAGACGAGUUAGCUCUAUCGACAUUACGAAUGACCGUCCAACGCUCGGGAGCCGUGCAACUGUCGCGGAGCCGGUUCCCUCGCGGCUUCUACGUGGUGGUGGUGGUGCACCAGUCGGACGAGGCGUGCGCGGGCGAGCAGCCCGAGCAGGAGGACUGGCUGUGGGAGGCGGCGGUCUACGGCGCCGAGCACACACAUCACGAGACAACGCGCACCAAGCUCAUCACGCUCGACACACGGCCGGCGCUGACGCGCGCGCAGUACGCGGUGGCGGCGGGCGCGUCGCUGGCGGUGUUCGCGUGCGUGUACGCGGCCUUCGGGCUGCUGGUGCUGGCGCAGCGCUGGCCGCGCUUCGGCCGCCUCGUGGCGCCGCGCGCCGUGCUGCGCGACCCGCCGCGUACCGAAGAAACCGCUGUUGAGUCUCAGAUAGACGCCAGCCAGCUCACCACAGGAACGCCAGCACGACGGAAACGAAGAUCCUCAGACGCGACAUUCGACAGCAGCGAUAACAGCGACUCGGACGAGUCUGACGAAGAGAGCGCCCCGUCCCCCGCGUCCGCCGCGUCCUCCGCUCGUAACGGGGGCCCGCCCGCCGCCGACGCCGCCGACAGCCCCGACGGCGACGUCGGCAGUCCCACCAAUGGCAACAGCGAUCCCCCGACCGUGUUCGUGAUCCCGUCGGGCGGCGUGAGCAACCGCGGCUUCGCGCCGUCCACGCCGCUGGACGGGCCGCCCGCGCCCGAGCCGCCGGUGCCGCUCGACGUCGCCAACGGACAGCCGGCGCCGGCCGCCGGCGAGGAGCAGCAGGCGGCGCGUCCGUUCGGGCUGCCGGCGCGGCUGCGCGUGGCGGCGCUGGCGCGGCGUCGUGAGCGGGUGCUGCGCGCGCGCUCCGACCGCUACCUCACCACGCUCGCCACCGUCGCCGUGUUCUACGCGCUGCCCGUCAUACAGUUCGUCGUCGCCUUCCAGAUCGUGAUGAACCUGUCGGGCUCGCUGGACCUGUGCUACUACAACUUCCUGUGCGCGCACCCGGCGGGGCAGCUGGCGGACUUCAACCACGUGCUGUCCAACGCCGGCUACCUGCUGCUGGGCGCGCUGUUCCUGCUGCAGCUGCGCCGCCGCCAGAGCCUGCGCGCGCGCCUGCCGCGACACGAGGAGUACGGCAUCCCGGCGCACUACGGGCUGCUGGCGGCGCUGGGCGCGGGCAUGAUGGUGGUGGCGCUGCUGUCGGCCAGCUACCACGUGUGCCCCAACCGGCUCAACUUCCAGUUCGACACGGCGUUCAUGUACGUGCUGGCGGUGCUGAGCAUGGUGAAGAUCUACCAGUCGCGCCACCCCGACGUCAACGCGCGCGCGCACGCCACCUUCGGCGUGCUGGCCGUGCUCAUCGCCAUCGUGGUGUGGGGCGUGCUGGGCGGCGGCGCGCUGUUCUGGGGCGUGUUCACGGUGCUGCACGUGUUCACGUUCCUGCUGCUGUCGCUGCGCAUCUACUACCUCGGCCAGUUCCGCCUCGAGAAGGAGACGUUGUCCCGCGCGGCGCGGGGGCUGCGGGCGCUGCCGGCGCGCGGGCUGCGGCCGCUGUACUCGGCGCGGCUCGUCAUGCUCGUCAUCGCCAACGCCGUCAACUGGGCCUUCGCCAUCUACGGGCUGUUCAUGCAGAGCACGGACUUCGCGUCGCACCUGCUGUCGGUGCUGCUGUGCAACACGCUGGUGUACAUGGGCUUCUACCUGUGCAUGAAGCUGCUGCACGGCGAGCGGCCGCGCUGGUACGCCUGGGGCUUCCUGGGCGGCGCGGCGGCGGCCUGGGCGCCCGCGCUCUACUUCUUCCUGUCCGGCUCCUCUGACUGGGCCGCCACGCCCGCGCAGUCGCGCCACAGCAACCACGAGUGCCUCGUGCUGCAGUUCUACGACUCGCACGACCUGUGGCACAUGCUGUCGGCCGGCGCGCUGUACCUGUCCUUCAACGCCAUGCUGACGUGGGACGACGGGCUGGCCGCCGUGCCGCGCACCGAGAUCGCCGUCUUCUAGCCGCCACCCGCCGCCUCCCGCCGCGGCCGCCGGCCUGCCCCGCGCCGCCUGCCACUUAAACCCUAGUUUUACCUGCUCGCCGGGCAGUUCGUGGGAAUACUCUAGGGACUAGAGUCUAGGCAA